CACUUCCGCUCUCGGAAGGCGAGGUUGGGGCAGAGGUUCUCGCAGUUAGUGUUGCCUUCCCAGAACUCUGCCUUUCCUCACAAGGAAGAGGAGAAAAAUGAUCAAGUUCCAGGAGCCGGUGACGUUCAAGGACGUGGCUGUGGUCUUCAGUGAGGAGGAGCUGGGGCUGCUGGAUUCUGUCCAGAGGAAGCUGUACCGAGACGUGACCCUGGAGAACUUCCGGAACCUGGUCUCAGUGGGGCAUCUCUUCUCUAAACCAGAUGUGAUAUCCCAGUUGGAGAGAGAGGAGCAGCUUUGGAUGACGGAGAUACAAACUCAAAGAGGUGGGCAUUCAGCGGAGAAUUGUGCAGCUAGAGUCCUUGAAGGAGGGAAUGAAAAUGAGAUGGAGACUCUUGGUGAAGCAGGAGGAAGGUGCCUUUCUUUGGGAGAGCUCUCCUGCUGGCAAAUCAGGAGACAUGUUGUGAGUAAAUUAACGAAAAGUCAAGUCUCCAUGAUACAUGUUCAAGAAAAGAGUUCUCAGUUCCCCAAACAACUUAAUUCCCCCGGGCAGGUGGGGGCAGGAAUCUCCAUUCACGAAGACAGCUGUGUAAUGAGUCUUACGGAGAAUCAUUCCAGUAUUAAUGAAAGUCAAGCGUUUACAACAGGGAGAGCUCAGAAUUCUCGGAGUAACAUAUACCUGAACGAGACACAGAAUUAUCAGAGAAGUUGUAAGCAGAUGCCAGUGAAAAACAAGUUAUGUAUAUUUGCUCCAUGUGCUAACAUCUUCACUUGUAAUUCACACCACCAUGACGAUGAUGUAGUACACAAAAGAGAGAAAGCUCACAGCAACAAAGAUUGUGGUGAAGACAUCUCAAAUGUAUCACCUCUUGCCCAACUCAGUAUAAUCCACACGGGACAGAACACCUACCAGUGUAGUGAAUGUGGAAAAGUAUUCAGUGACAGCUCCAGACUUGAAGUUCAUCAGCAGUCACACUUGGCAAAGAAGUCCCUUAACUGUAGUACACGUGAGGAUACCAGUUAUCGCUCAGCCAUUCCCCUUCAACAAUAUGUUCACGCAAGAAAAAAACGUUAUUGGUGUCAUGAGUGUGGAAAGUGUUUUAGUCAGAGCUCAAAUCUGCAAACUCAUCAGAGAGUCCACACUGGGGAGAAACCCUAUUCGUGCGUAGAGUGUGGGAAGAGCUUUAAUCAGACCUCACAUCUGUAUGCUCACUUGCCUAUUCACACAGGAGAGAAGCCCUAUCGAUGCCAAAGUUGUGGGAAGGGCUUCAGUCGUAGCACAGAUCUUAAUAUUCACUGCAGAGUCCACACUGGAGAGAAACCUUACAAAUGCGAGAUAUGCGGAAAGGGCUUCACACAGAGGUCACAUCUUCAGGCCCACGAGAGAAUCCACACGGGAGAGAAACCAUAUAAAUGUGCAGAUUGUGGUAAACGCUUCAGUUGUAGCUCAAAUCUUCACACCCAUCAGAGAGUCCACACUGAGGAGAAACCGUACAGGUGCGAUGAGUGUGGGAAGUGCUUUAGUUUGAGCUUCAAUCUUCACAGUCACCAACGAGUCCACACGGGAGAGAAACCAUAUAAAUGUGAAGAGUGCGGGAAAGGUUUUAGCUCAGCCUCAAGUUUCCAGAGCCAUCAGAGGGUUCACACGGGAGAGAAACCGUUUCGAUGCAAUGUGUGUGGCAAAGGCUUCAGUCAGAGUUCCUAUUUUCAAGCCCAUCAGAGAGUCCACACUGGAGAGAAACCCUACAAAUGUGAGGUGUGUGGGAAGCGCUUCAACUGGAGCUUGAAUCUUCACAAUCAUCAGAGAGUCCACACAGGAGAGAAACCCUACAAAUGUGAAGAGUGUGGGAAGGGCUUCAGCCAGGCCUCAAAUCUCCAAGCUCAUCAGAGUGUCCACACUGGGGAAAAACCAUUCAAAUGUGAAGCGUGUCAGAAGCGAUUCAGCCAAUCUUCACAUCUUCAGGCCCACCAGAGAGUGCACACUGGAGAGAAGCCAUAUAAGUGCGAUACCUGUGGUAAGGCCUUCAGCCAGAGGUCAAAUCUUCAAGUCCAUCAGAUCAUUCACACCGGGGAGAAGCCAUUUAAAUGUGAGCAGUGUGGGAAGGAAUUCAGCUGGAGUGCUGGGCUCAGUGCUCACCAGCGGGUCCACACAGGAGAGAAGCCCUACACGUGUCAGCAGUGCGGUAAGGGCUUCAGUCAGGCCUCCCAUUUCCACACACAUCAGAGGGUCCACACUGGAGAGAGGCCGUACAUAUGUGACAUAUGUUGUAAGGGCUUCAGCCAGAGAUCACAUCUUGUUUAUCAUCAGAGAAUCCACACUGGAGGGGAUCUGUAGGCAUGCGAGGUGCGACAUGGCCUUUAGUUUGAGUUCACAUCUUGGUCUCCAUGAGAGAGUCUGUGCUGGUGAACGUGGAAAGCUCCUUCAGAACUCAGGAGCCUCGAGGAAUGGCCGCGGGAAAGCAGCUCUAUAAGACGUGUCUCAACAAUGCAGUUGGAGGGGUGAAUUCUUUGUAAACAUCAGAUUUUACAUGAGAGAAACUGGUUUCAUAAAAUGGUAAAUGGUUACACCAGAGUUUUCAAUGUCCCGGUUCCGAAGAACACAACAGAAGGAUCUUACAUUUCAUUGGAGUCACCCAGAAGAGAGGGCGUAUGAAUGGAGAUCAUGUGCAGCACCGGAACAAAAGUAUAUGUGGCAGAUUUGACGGACAAAUAAAAUUUAAGCCAACUACAAUGUAACCUCCAUGUAAUAGAGGUGUUUUUCACCACUACCACUAUGUCUACCUUGUAGAACUGCUUGGCUUGUAUGAGGUGCCCAUUAAUUACUGAACAAAGUAGAGAAAACCAUUAUAAUGACAAGUAUUUGAAAAUUCUAGUCAGUUCCCUACCUUAAAUUCAUAACAGCAUACGCAAAAAGAAUCCUGUAAUGCUGCCAUCCACAAUAAUACAAAUUAAUUUCAACAAGACUUCUGAAUGGCUCCUAUCCCCCAUUCACCCUCUGUUUUUUGUACAGUGUAUUAUCUGUGUGUACAGUAUAAUACUUAAUCAUUGGUUUGUAUUUUAUAGACUGAAAAGUACUGGUUUUUAUUAAUCUAUUAACAUUAUACUGAAUUUAUACAAUUAUAAAUUUUGAUCCCUAAUUCAUUAGGGCACAGUUUUACUGUAACUCUUUGAAAAUGUUAAAAGUAGUUACUAAUGACAGAAAGUUUUAGUGAACUUGAACUGUGAGUAAUCGGUUUCUUCUCAUUUUCAUGCAAACUUAGGUCAAAGUGCCUAUGCGUAGCUCUUCAUCCAUCGCGACUUUUAAGGCAGGGGCCUUGGCAGAUUUCAUGGACAUCACUUUGUCACAUUCCACCCUCAUUCUUCCUGCUAAAAUGGGGAGGGGGAAGCAGGAUAAGAAAGUUUUUUUAAAUUUUUAUUGAAAUUUCACUAUCUGUAACAGUUUAGGUAAAUAGUCACUUUCACAGCAUUCCGUGUUCAACGCUUUCUCUUGGUCGAAGUGGAUAACAUUAGCUGGUCAGUAGUAUCAAAAUACCGUGACCCAGCAACCUUACCACUGGAGAUUUUGCUUAGGAGACUAUAGAAAAAAGUUAGAUCGUACACAACAAUGUUUAUACUGAAUUCAAUAAAAAGAAGUAAGUAUCUGUAAAAUA